AUGAAGCCAUGGCAAGAUUUUUGCCCAGAGGAGCGGUGCAAGCUGCUCCAGGCGGCGUCUGGACAGCUCCAAGGCCUGGACCUGACCGCUGUCACCGUUGUCUCGGUGAAGUCAGAGAGCCUGGCGCUCGCAAAGCACGAGUGUGCCGAGCUUCCGGAAAACAGCCAAGGAUGGGACGACAGCAUCUUCUUGAUGGGCUUCGCCUCAGACGCGCAGUCGGAGGCGUUGAGCGAAUUGCACAGCAGUCUGGGCAUCAGCGACCUGCAGGUGGCUAUCAACAAAGCCUCUGGACCGACACCGCCAGGUUGCGCCGUUUGCGAGGCAUGUCUCACUUGUUGGAGCCGCUGCGCAGUGUCUCCGGCCGAUGCAGUACCGCGAAGCGACGUCGGUCAGCUGAGGGCAUUGUUGGAAUCCGCGGUGGCAGGGGCUGGCGGCCCUGCACUCCUCAGGCUGUCAGAGCAUGAUGAGACCUGGGUGACAUCCACCGGUACGACGGCAAAAAGGGCAGCGCAGAUUGAAGGUUUUGCACCGGUCGUUUGCCGCAAUGUGCUAGGCCGAUACGUGGUGCUCGCCGAGGCGGUUUGCUGGUACGAAGGCUUCUGGCAGGGGCAGAUCCUCAAGGCACGGUGCCUCGCCGGCCCAGCAUUAGGCUGGCCGAAACCGGAGGUCCCUCUCCGUCUGGCGCCAUCGGGAAAGCUCGGAGACUGGUUGGAGGGACAGGAGGCAGCUGUAGGAAGCACACUCGAUCUGCAACUUGUGCUUCGUUUGGCGGCGAUGAGUUCGAACGGUACAGAGGUUACAUGGUCGUUGCCGUCAGAAACAAAGGAAGCGUUUAUCGGUGGGAAGAACUGUGACAUCUUCUACUUUUCCGGGAUCCUCUCGGCGGAGGACUGUGCAAAGCUGGUCGCCAUGGCGCUCUGUUUCCAGCAGCCCACUGCUAAACGACAGCCAGCCACCGCUGUGCCGCUCCCUGCCCACUGUCACGUGCCCGAGGCCGUGGAGACGCGAUUGAGAUCUGUGAUGGCGACAUGUACAGGAGAAGCGGCAGAAGAUGGCUCCAUGUUCGACAUGACUGACACAUCAGAGGUAGAAGCUGCACUCGUUUGGGAAGAGGCAGAGUCUCGGGGACUUCGCGGCAGUCGAUGGACUUCGGCUGGCAUGGAGGUUGCAGUCCGGCUCACUGCGUGGCUUUCUCCCACAACCGGCGGCGAGAUUGUUUUUCCUGAAGCAGGAGAUCUGAUGGGGAACGAACCUUCGGAGCGAGUGCUGCAGCCGCUGCCAGGCAGCGUGGUCGUCGUGACCCAGCAUGAGAGUUGGGAGCUGGGCUCUUCUUUUUUUCAGGAUAGGCGCCGGCAGUACUUGGGCCUCUUCCUCUUGCUGCUUGUUGCCUGCUUGGCCCCGGGCGCAGAGGCUGCAAUCACCUGCGUGAAGGAGGAGUUCUAUGAGUGGAUCUCCGAGGACGACUGCGACAUGACACGAGGAAAGGCUGAGCAGAUCUUCCAAAAGGUCGACGGCGACGGCGACGGGAAGUUGUCUUUCGGCGAGUUCGUGAAAUGCUGCAAAGACUUCAUGGGCAUCCAGCUUCUUGAACCCAAGCAAGAAGAGCCGGCUCCUCCUGCCCCAGCUGCCCCUGCAGAGCAGGCUGAACAGCUCGAGCAAACCAUCCAGGCGGUCCAGCCCCAAAAGGCUGUUGAGGAAGUCCAUGCACCGGUGAAAGAAGCGGUUGUGCCGAGGAAGAAGGCAGCGGACAACGCGCCCCGGAAGACCGCUACGACGGAGGGUGCCAUUGUGUCCCGCCGGGCAGGGAGCCUCCCGAACCUGCUCACGAGGCGUUCUACGGGCGGCAAAGCAGCUACCAUGAGCAUCAGCAGCCUUCAGGAGCCUGAGAUUCCUGGAGCACACAAAUCGCGCAUGGCGCCAUCGCUGCCGACACCGGGACCAGGAGCAUACAACAACACCGUGUCUGAGAAGGUACCUGGCGGCAGUUACUUCGGAACCGGGCACAUCACGGUUGGAAUUGACAACAAUGACACAGCCGUGGGAUUUGCGCAGGAGAAAACGUCCUUCAUCAAGUACGAUUUGAACCGCGACGGCACCCUCGACUUCCAGGAGCUGUGCAAAUUGCUCCGUCGAGGAGAUCCAAACUUAACGGACAUGGAGGUGCAGGCCUUGUUCGAUGCCGUUGACAAAGACAAGGACGGGAAUGUGGGAUUUAACGAGCUGUCGGAGUACUUGCACCCGCCCGGCGCAACCUUCGAGCACUCUACCUGGCGAAAGAAGCUCCGCACUGCUUUCAACCUCUCGUGCCCUGGUCCCGCAGACUAUGUUGGCAAUGACAAGGCCUUGGCGGGCAAGCGCAACGCUCCGCGGGCUGUGAUCCCAAGUCAGCGGAGAAUGACCGACCACGGCGUGAACAGUCUCUCCCCUGGCCCGGCUGCCUACAAGGGAAACCACACGGCCAGCGCCUUCCACAAGAAUGCCUACUCGGCCACUUUCGGCACUGCCCCGAAGGGCAUGGGCUCUCGCUCCGAGUCUCCAGGGCCUGGAUCGUAUGCGCAGAAUUUCUCAGUUCUCGCCCAUCAAAAGCAGGGCCCGCGAGCCACGAUUGGAGCUGCAAGGCGGGCACUCUGCUACGAGGGCCAAUUGGAGCCAUCACCGGGCCCUGCCACCUACUGCACACACGUCCAGCACAAGGUGAAAGGCGGGAACUACUUCGGCGUGCCGGGACGCAUGUCAUUGCCCGACCUCCCCUACGAGAAGCGGCAGUUCGCCAGCUGCGACGCAAACAAGGAUGGAACCUUGGGCGUGGAUGAGGUUUACAGCAUUUUAUGCAAGGCAGACCCCAAGAUCUCCGCAGCGGAAGCAAAGCAGAUCUUCGACUCGUGUGAUCGUGACGGUGAUGGCAAGAUCAACUUCGACGAGUUGAGGGACUACCUCCACCCAGUGAGUGCCAACGAAAACACGGUCUACAGAAAAGUGAUGAGAGAUGGCUUCUCCAUCAAGUCCCCUGGCCCGCUCGACUACGAUACCAUUGCGCCGCGCACCUCGAAAAUCCGAGGCGGUUCAAUCGGCCGGGCUCGUCGUUGA